AUGGCCUCAACGUCAUACGAUUGGACCGAGUUCGUGCUGGCCGAUAUCCAGCCUUCAAAAGCCGUCCUGACGAAACAAGCAAUUUACAAUUUGGAAGUCACUUUCAAGGUCAAAUCAGCAGAGGAUUUUCAAGAGAUAUAUAUCGGAUUUGACGCAUUAAGCGAGGGCUACGCGGCGCUAGUGAAUUUUUCUAUAUACUGCAAUGAUAAGCUGGUUUUCGAGAAAGAGCGCGCGUUAUGGUGCCCUGAAACCACGUCAAAGGAACCCAGAGAAGGGCUGAAAACGAAGUAUUGCGUUUUCUACGGGAAAUCGGCAUAUAAGGAGGGGAAUUCGAUGAAGUUAAAGGUUCGCGCCUUGGAGAUGUUGCCCAUAGUGGACACGGCGGUCAAGAAUGGAUUCCGGAAUUUUUUGGUGAAAUGCGGCACGCAUAAAUUCUACGUGAACGUGGCGCUGCUUAUGGAUUAUGAGGGCAUCGUAUUUGAGAGCUGGAAGAAGAAUCAGGACGAGGGAUUGGAAGAAGCGGUGAUCCCCGAUGACCCGUCCGUCAGGAAUUUUCUAAAUUCAUUUCUGCGCUAUGACAAGCUGUUGAUACACAGUGGAAAUUGGCUGGAUGUUUGCCAGCACGCUUCAUUCGUCAAGUCGACCAAGAUUUUGCGAGCGGUCGAGCAGUUCCUGAUCGACCUCAAAACGAUGCACCCGAUGAAAAAGCUGGAAAUUGCGGCCGACCUGAAGUUCAGCCGACUUUUCAUGCAAGCGCGGACAGAGUUGGGGCGCCCACCAGUGGCCAAUAGAACGAUGAUGGAUUACGCGCACGAGACGGGCUUCUCGCUCGACCACAUCCACCCAACCGUCCAAAAGCUGCGCAUCGUCACGCCCGACUAUUUGGUGUAUUUG